AGUGGAUUGUAAUAUGUUUUUUUUAUCACAGUGGAUUGUUUACGCCACUGGUUGGCCGUGGAUGUUUCCCCAAUUUGGGGUUUUACCACGUUAAAAAAAUCUGGGGGCCCUAUCCUUGGCAUUCUUACUUCAAUGUACCUGGGUUUUGGCUUCGCAUGAAUUGUGAAGGAGUGAAGCCUGAUGGCUUCACGUUUGCUACUGUUCUUACUGGCUUGGCUGCUCUUUGUGAUCUCAAUUUGGGUCUACAAGUGCAUGCGCAAAUGGUUAAAUCUGGCCAUGGGGAUGAGAAUUGCGUUGGGAAUUCUUUGGUGGAUAUGUACAUGAAGAAUCAGAGACUGGCAGAUGGUUUCAGAGCUUUCCAGGAAAUGCCUCAAAGAGAUGUGUCCUCUUGGACACAAAUGGCUGCUGGAUGCCUGCAGUGUGGGGAACCAGGAAUUGCAUUGGAGGUCAUUGCAGAGAUGAGAAAGACGGGUGUAAAACCCAGUAGGUUUACCCUGGCAACUGCCUUUAAUGCCUGUGCCACUCUAUCUUCGUUGGAGGAAGGGAAGAAACUUCAUGGCUUGAGAAUUGAACUCGGGACUGAAAUUGAUGUCUGUGUAGAUAAUGCGCUGCUUGAUAUGUAUGCAAAAUGUGGAUCAAUGGAUGCUGUGUGGACUGUUUUCCGAUUGAUGAAUGAUCGUUCUAUUAUUUCAUGGACAACAAUGAUAAUGGGUUGUGCACAGAAUGGGCAAGCUAGGGAAGCUCUCAAGAUUUUUGAUGAGAUGAUAGUGGAGGGGAUAGAACCAAAUUAUGUCACCUUCAUUUGUGUGCUUUAUGCAUGCAGCCAAGGAGGGUUUAUUGAUGAGGGCUGGAAAUAUUUCUCCUCCAUGAGCAGUGACCAUGGAAUUUCCCCUGGAGAAGAUCAUUAUGCAUGCAUGGUAAAUCUACUUGGCCGAGGUGGGCUUAUUAAAGAAGCAGAGGAGUUAACAUUGGCAAUGCCAUUUAAACUCGGCAUGCUGGUUUGGCAAACCCUACUUGGUGCUUGUCAACUUCAUGGGGAUAUUCAAACUGGGAAACGAGCUGCAGAGCAUGCAGUGAAUUUGGAUAAAAAGCACCCUUCAAGUUACGUGUUGCUAUCAAACAUGUUUGCUGGGUUGAACAAUUGGCAUAGCGUGGGAGAUAUAAGAGAGCUAAUGGAGACCAGUGAUGUAAAGAAAAUUCCAGGAUCCAGUUGGAUUGAGGAUCUGAGAUAGAAAAGGAUUGCUUGAUCCAUCCAGCAUACUGGAGAUGUACGUCUAGGGAGAGAUUGCUUAGUCCGUCUCGCAUACAUUUGUACCGCUCCCAAACAUGCAAUGAUCUUGUCUAAAGGCCGACAAAAGGAAACAUGUCAUCCCCAUUGGAGUUAUAGCCUACAAGGAAUGUAACCGUUGAUAACAAACACGAAAGUCCCAAAAAGGUAUACGAAACUGAGAACUCCCAGGCUUGUUUCUU